GCAAUCUCCAGGCAGAUCCGACGAGGAAGCGUUACGUUACGUAACGACAAGAGAACCUCGUUGAUAAUGAAAACGACUCGAGUUCAUUGAUAGCUUAUCAAGGAUUAUUUGCCGCUCGCGGACCGAAUCGCGAGCAAAAUCGCGCGUAAGCGCAACGCGCGUGGCGUGGCAACGACGGCGUCCAAAGUGCGUGGCGUAGCGACGGCCGCAACGACGGCUACGACAGCGUCUAAAGUGCGCCGCGAGGAUGUACGUGGGCCGCGCACAGACCCGCGCAAUCGCCCGCACGCUUAGUCCCACGAGUAGCAAAGCGGCGAGCGGACACGUUGCGGGGAGCGAAUAGCCACUGUCACGUUCUUCCCGUACCGAGCCUACGCCGAUCCUACGCAUGAACGGGAGCAUGGAGCCGUCGACGGCUACGUAUCUGGGUCUGGACCUGAGCACGCAGCAGCUGAAAGCAGUAGUAGUUGAUGAUAAUCUAGCCAUUCUUCAUGAGACCAGCGUACAAUUCGACAAUGAUCUACCAGAAUUUAGAACUUACGGAGGGGUAAUACGGAAGAAGGAAGAGUCUCAUGUUGUGGUAGUGCCUUCUCUGAUGUGGAUUAAGGCCUUAGACAUGAUACUAGACAAAUUACGCGUCUGCGGCGUCGACUUUAGCAAAGUAGCAGCCAUUUCUGGUUGUGCGCAGCAACAUGGCACAGUAUAUUGGAAUAAAGGCAGCCGAAAUCGAUUACAAUGUUUGGACCCAAUAAAAUUUUUGCACGAACAAUUCGCUACGUCGUUUUCCGUGACUCAUUCACCGAUAUGGAUGGAUUCCAGUACGUCAAAAGAGUGUAGCGUUUUGGAAGAGAUCGUGGGUGGCCCUCACAAAUUAGCGGAAAUAACGGGUUCACGGGCAUACGAGAGAUUCUCAGGACCGCAGAUUGCAAAAAUAGCACGCACGAAGCCGGAAGCUUACUGCAGCACUGAGAGGAUCUCGUUGGUGAGCAACUUUAUUGCCUCCUUGUUUCUGGGUGAUUACGCACCUAUCGAUUGGUCGGAUGGCUCGGGUAUGAAUCUGUUAAAUAUCUGUACGAAAGACUGGGAUGAUAUGUUGUUGGAGACCUGCGCAUCAGGACUGAGAGAAAAACUAGGAAACCCUGUUUCAUCAUACAGCGAUAUCGGGCCUAUAUCACCUUAUUUCGUAGAAAGAUUUAGUUUCAAUGAGAAAUGUAGGAUAAUCGCGUUCACUGGGGACAAUCCUGGCUCAUUAAUAGGUAUGAGGCUAAAAGAAGGUGAUAUCGCUUGCAGUUUAGGCACAAGUGAUACCCUACUUCUAUGGUUGAACAAACCUAAAACUAUAACAGAUGGUCACGUAUUAUGCAAUCCAAUAGACGAUGAGGCCUAUAUGGCGUUACUUUGCUUCAAAAACGGUUCUUUGACACGCGAAAGAAUACGGGAUGAUGCUGCGCAAGGUAGCUGGCAGAUUUUCAAUGAAUUAUUAGAAAGUACACCGCGAGGAAAUUUCGGCAAUUUUGCCUUAUAUUAUGAUAUUCAAGAGAUCCUACCUUUCGUCAUAGGAGAUUAUAGAUACAAUAAAGCCAAUGAUGAGAUCUCUCGAUACAGUUCAAAAGAAGUAGAAGUGAGAGCGUUAAUCGAAGGUCAAUUUGUUGCCAAGAGAGCAUACGCUGAAGACUUUGGAUUUGUUAUCGGACGUAAUACUCGGAUAAUUGCCACGGGAGGUGCAUCUAUAAAUAAAGCUAUACUGCAAGUACUUUCCGACGUAUUUAAUUCGCCAGUGUACAUCUUGGAAGCAGCUAAUUCGGCUAUGAUGGGUGCAGCAUAUCAAGCAAAACAUGGUUUAUUGCAAAAUAAUUGUAGCUUCGAUGAAAUUACAUGCUGCUUGCCAGAAUUGACGCUGGUAUGCCAGCCUUAUGAUGAUGCCGAAUCGAUUUACAAGCCUAUGACUGUACGUUACCGCAAAAUAAUAGAUCAGAUAUUGAAGAAACGGAGCGAACAGAAGCAUGUAUAAAAAUCUUGUAUAUAACAUAAUGUUCUAAAGAGGCUUCUUAUACAUGAUAUGGUUACUAAA